AAAUGAUUAAAUUUAUUGCCAGAAAAAUUGAACGAACCUCUUCAUUCAUUAAAGAAGAUGAGAAAAAUGAAGAAGAUUUUUAAUUUGAAUACCCUGUAAGUAUCAAAAAGCCAUUAAAAAUAUCUGAUUAAGAAUACAGUGAUGAUUAUUAGUUAUUGAAAUAAAAUCCUCCUGGAGUAAGUUUAAAACUUAAUAUUGGAACACCAAAAAUUGAAACUCCAUCAAAAUUACCUUAUGUUUUAGAUGAUAGUCUUUAAAGGUAUUUAUUAUAUUAUUAAUUAUUAGGUAAAAAGGAAGAAUGAAAUUUUACGAUGAUGCCAAGAAAUAUGGAUUUUUAGUACUUGAUGAAGAUGCAACUGAUGUAUUUGUACAUUAUGACGAUCUUUAAGCAGCCGGAAUUACUAUAGAAAAAAUGAAGUAAUUUAAAAUUGUGCAUUAGUAUAUAAUUUAUUUUAAGAUUAGGAAUAAUCCUUAAUAUGUAAAAUUUACAAAGAAUGGAGGUCCUUACUUUGAAUUUACUCUUAUGAAUUAUAUGGGUAAAUAUAAUAAGAGUAGAAAAGCUAUCGACCUUUAAUUAUUGAAUUAACCUUGAUAUUAAAUUAAUAAAAUCCUG